UGAUUUUAUAUCGGUCUGCGCAAUCGAUUUUUUUUUCUGUUAAGGUCUGUACAGUGUUGAACUACUUGUUUUUUACAUCGAGAAGAAGGCAUUUAUGCAACAUGUUGAUGUAUAUUCUCUGUAAGUUCGGAAAACGGAAUACGGAAUUAAUUGUCCUUUAAUGCACAGGUUUAAUGCACAACGUACGGAGCAGUCAAACAGCUGACAAAUAUGCAGCUCGCGGACACGCGGGAGUCAGCCUGCUGACAGUCGAGCUGUACGUUCUCGCGCAUCGCAGACAGGUUGCAGAGCCACUUACAGACAACUUGAGGAGUUGGCCAUCUGCAUGCCACACGCAUGGAAGAGCGUGUCGCAAAGACGAACACCUAAUCACACCGGAAUACAUUUUUAAAAGAAAUAUUUUUUGCCUCUGCAUCCCUUUGGGAUAUCUGUGGAGAGAGACACGGACGGAAACUGCGCAGCGUUUUGGAAUGAGGUCAUAAAUUAAAAUAGGUGUAGACAGUUUUGUAUUUUAAGAGACAUGAUCAUAAAGCACUUACGUAUGUAACGAUGACAUCUCAAUUACUGCUGUUUUAGAAUACUUUCGAUUUAAUGAACUGGCACUUCCAAUCCCGGAGGCGCGCGGCUGCUCCCGUGAAAAAGCUCAUGCGACAUUACACAGUUAAUAAUCAGAACUCAAAUAUAAUUUUCUUUCGGAUCACUUCACACUUGUCAGUCCCUCAGCAUACUGGAUAGUUCACGGGGAGAUGGCUGCGGCGAUAGCCAGCUCCCUGAUCCGACAGAAACGCCAAGCACGGGAGACUAACAACGACCGUGUUGCUACCUCCAAGCGCCGUACCAGCCCGAGCAAAGACCCCCGGUCUGUGUGCGCAAGGCAUAUCUUCGGGGUUUUCAGCAAAGUUCGAUUUUGCAGCGGAAAGAAAAGACCUGUUCGGCGGAAACCAGAGCCACAGCUGAAAGGCAUUGUGACGCGACUGUUCAGCGAGCAGGGCUUCUACCUGCAGAUGCAGCCCGAUGGCACUAUCAAUGGGAGCAAAGACGAGAACAGUGACUACACCCUGUUUAACCUCAUCCCAGUGGGCCUGCGAGUGGUGGCCAUUCAGGCGGUCAAGACCGGACUCUACGUGGCGAUGAACGGAGAGGGCUUCCUCUACACCUCAGACAUGUUCACGCCUGAGUGUAAGUUUAAGGAGUCCGUGUUUGAGAACUACUACGUCAUCUACUCCUCCACGCUGUACCGGCAGCACGAGUCCGGCCGCGCCUGGUUCCUGGGCCUCAACAAGGAUGGCGUGGUCAUGAAGGGCAACCGUGUGAAGAAGACUAAGCCCUGCUCACACUUUGUGCCCAGACCUAUCGAAGUGUGCAUGUACAAAGAGCCGUCGCUGCAUGAGAUUGAGGAGAAGCAGCGCUCGCGGAAAGACUCAGGGACUCCCACCAUGAACGGCGGCGAGAAGGUGGUGAGCCAGGACACUACAGAGCAGGACGGGUCAUAGCCUGCACCGGGCACCACAAGCACGGCACAGUGCGGCGCCCCCUGGAGUCGAACUCCAUUUCUUACACCUUGUUCAAGAGAAAUCAAGCAAGCGAGCUAACAAACAAACAAACAAACAAAAACAAAACAUCAAGAAGAAAAACAGCAGAAGAAAACAAAAAAAAAUCCAAACCCAAACAAGACAAGAAAAAAAUAAAGGAAAAAAAUAAAAGAAAAAAAAAGAAAAAAGAAAAGGAAGAAGAACAAAAAAAUGGAAUUCUUGCCUGUGAAAUAUUUUAGAAAAAAAAAUGGGGGGAAAAUAUUUGGAAAUCAGGACAUGAAUUUACAUUUUAUGCAAAAAGCCUGCUGUAGGGCACUGGGAUGUCCAUUUCCUCCUCCUCUUCCUCAUCCCAUGAUGAUGUAAACAAUGUUUUUGAAUUUUAAGCUCUGAAAAAUAAGCUUUAAGCCAUGGUAGAAAACACACCUUGAUUCAUGAAUGCAAUGGCACUUUCACUUGCUUCUCUAUGUGUUGUUACUAUCAUUAAGACGAAUUUGGUCAUUG